UGACUCUCAGAGAGACGACCAGAGAGAGUCGCUGCGGUCGGCGGAUUGUCAAAACCCCACCGCCGAUUCAGAGAAUGAUGUGGUUUCUGGCGGCUCGACGAGAACAUGCCGGCGACGAAUCGAUCUUCCUCUUCCCUAGUCGCCGGCGUUGAAUCGAUCUUCCUCUUCUCCCGAAUCGAGGCCAAUCGGCUCCCAGCUGUCGUUGCUUGGUCAGCUACUGUCUCGCCCUCUGCAUCGCAGCGGAGCAAUUGCAAACCCGUUCGCGGAGGAGCUACGACGAAGGGACUAUUUCAGGAGCUGAUCGAUGACCUAAAUCUCUUCGUACAGAGAAGGGACUAUUUCAGGAGCGUCGUCCGGGCCUGGAAGUGCGGGUACCUUCUCUACGGACCUCCGGGGACCGGGAAAUCGAGCCUCGUCGCCGCCAUUGAGUCGUUAUUUUGCUGCCUCUUCCUAUGUCGGAUCUUUCUCUUUGCCCAGAUCGCCCUCUUCUACCCAGAUCGGCAGCGGAAGGCAGGGGUCGAUUUUGCAGGGCUUAAGGUUGGAUGCGGGCUACUUCUGCUUUUGAUGGCGAAAGUGGGUAGUUGGAUUGGAACAGAGACUAAGAGGUAGAAAGAAAGAAAGCAAGGGAAG